AUGAGUGGUAUAGAGCUUUUGAAUACAGCAAUCGAUGCUGCAGUUCCAGAGUUAAGCGAUUUUACACUAAUUUCAAAAAGGGAGAAAUCAAACCCUUGUUCUUUAUUAACGGCAAUAUUUAUAAAAGCACUACACAAGGCAACGAAAAAAAAAGUUGUCCUUAAAUUUUCCUUGCAAAUUGCCAAGCUCGAAAAUGAGUACUUUCUGUUGCGUCAGUUAUCGUCUUUCUCGAAAGGCGAUAGCUAUGCCAUACUUCCAAAAUACAGACUCCUUUUAAAUAAGUCUGUGGGAGUACUCGUAUUUGAUGAUCCUGGCCCUGAUCUCGUGAAGGAUUGGUUGUCUGAUUCGCGUCCCGUGGAUUUACGGUUAUUUUAUAAAUACGCUUUGGCAGUAUGUCACACGCUAUCUUUUAUGCAUGAUAAACAGUUUGUUCACGGAGAAAUUCGUCCAGACUCUUUUCAUUUUAACACCGACAAUCCUAUUCAUGCUAGACUGUUGACCAUUGGAACCAGUGUUUCACCAAUUCGUUUUACAUUGUCAUCGUUAAAUUGGCAAAGGCUAUACCAGGUUGACGAUAUUCGCCAUAAGCUCCAGUUCUUUAGUCCAGAACAAAUUGGCAGUGUGAGUCGACCAUUGGACAGCCGUUCCGAUAUUUAUUCUUUAGGUGUUGCAUUUUAUGUCUUGUUGACAAAGUGCUACCCUUGGGGUGGAAAACCAAUGCGCAUAGUUCAAUCCAUACACACUCGACAGUUCCCUUCAGUCUUGUCCCGACGCCCGGAUUUACCAAUAGCGCUUGAUAAUCUUAUACAAAGGAUGACCACCAAGUCUAUCGAGGAACGCUAUAGUGACACUGAUGAUCUUUGUGCUGUUUUCUACGAGCUUUUGUUACACCAUUCAACUUCUCAUAAUCCGGUUAGUCCAAAACUCAAUGACUCUCUGUUAAAUUUUAAAAGUAAAAAACAAUUGAGUUUCCCUAAACUUAUCCUCUGUAAUCCCUCUGAUUACGUCCGAAUAUUUCAAGAACUGGCUUGCUUUUCCUCAAAACGCGAGGUUUUCACAAGCGGAAAAAACAUGUUACGAAUUAAGAAAAAGCAUUUGUUCAAGAAUUCUUCUGUCCAAAAUGAAGCUACGUAUUGUCACAUUCUUACUGUUACUGGUGAAAGAGGCUGCGGCAAAACAACCUUGUUAGAAUCUAUUGCAGUGGAGGCAAGGAAGUUUGGUUAUUUUGCGAUGUGUUCUUUUCAAAGUAUUCACGCUUCUCCUUUUUCUGCGGUUUUUAAUUGUGUCUCACAAAUUUUACGUCAAGUGCUUCGUGAAGAGAGGGAGACAGUUAUAAAUUAUUUUUCUUCUCUUUGGGAGUUUUUAGGAGAAGAACUUGUCUACAUGGAACCAUUAUUUAAAUGUGUUUCAGAGCUCAAUUACCUUUUAUCUCCGAAAUACAAUUUUCAUUGUAAACAUGAAAAUUAUAUAAAAUUAAAGCAAAGAGAUACUCAAGAAAUAAGAAGUGCUAGUGGUUGCUUGGGUUUUAUUGUCUGUCUUCUCGAAAUUUUAAGUUUCACUUGCCGCAUAAGAUCUACCAUUAUUGUUUUAGAUGAUCUCCAUCUGGCUGACAGUUGCUCUUUAACACUUAUUCGUGGCAUAAUAGCUCACAAAUUACCAAUCUUGAUGAUAUUGUCCUGGGGUGAUCAUCUUGCUAUAGAUAAUCUUCCGCCGUAUAUUAAUGAGAUGCCGCAGGCUAUGGUCACUCAUAUAAAGAUGAAGCCUUUUGAUCAAAAACAUAUAACUAAUUUCUUAAGUUAUUACUUGCGGUAUCCCACUCAAACCUUAGACCCUUUAGUUCAGUUAAUACAGGGCGUAACACGUGGGAAUCCUUUGAUUCUAAAAGUUGCUUUGAAUAUUGCUCAUACCAAUGAAUGCUUUAAAUUUAACGAAAAGACCAAUUCCUGGUCAUAUGAUCUGGAGUUAAUAAAGCAAAAAUUUAAAACUCUGCCUUCGUUUGAGUUACCGCAAGUCAUUUCGAGUUAUUUGGAAGAUGCAUUUCCCGAGAAAACUAGAAAGUUUUUAACUUGGGCAGCUUUACUUAUUGCGCCCUUUUCAUACGAGUUCUUGCGCCUGGUAACGCAACCUCUAGGCUUAUUUAUCCCCCUAGUGGAAAUACUUGAUUUUACUCUUCCGAUUUUCAGAUUUUCUGGGAAUGGAAUUAAUUGCAAAUUUACUUCUGGUAAUUUACGGGAAGGUUUUUUGUCAAGUAUUAGCGCAGGGCAGGCAGAAACGAUGCACGCUCACAUAGCCCAUGCGUUGAUUGAAGGAGAAGCAAAAGAGUUUUUCAAAAAUGAUGGUGUUCAUCAUAUCCUAAAAGGUUUGGGCGUUAUCAAAAAGUCCUCAAACACAAAACCCUACAUUUUGGCGAUGCAAAUUGUAUCUGACCAUUUAGUUCAAUUUGGAGCGUACAUGUAUGCUAAGGAACUAUUGAAGGCUUGUUUUUUUCUUUUACCAAAGAAACCAUCUUCUCUAGGUCUCCUAAAUAGCCAUGAAAUGGUAAGGCUGCGGAUCGGUAUAGCCAUGUGUUAUUGGUGGAACAAAGAUAAUAAACAUUCUUAUGCUAUUUUACGUAAUAUAAACUUGGAAACUGUUUCCAUAUCUGAAUACCUUCCGGCAUUGAGACUUUUGGCGAAAAUUGAAUGUUACCAAGGCAGAUCGGAAAAUAUUAUCGAGAAAGUCAUUACGAUUUUGGACCGACUGAAUUUUCCAUUCGAGAGAGAUUUAAACGAAGAUGUAUUAAACAGGUUAUUUGACGACUUAUCUUCGAAGUUUCUUUCGUGCAGCUUUGAAGUCAAGCGCCGCGAGCCUAUUGAUCCAGAAAAGAUCAGCAUAAUAUCUACGUUGCUUUCUGAUAUCUACUUUAUUUUGUUCAAUGCUUCCCAAGAGUAUUACUAUUAUUUUUCUUUUCUACUUGCAAAACUUUACUUGGAGUACGGCGAUAGUUCUCUUAGAUAUUCGCUCAUCUUUUUGGCUUCAUACAGUUUUGUUAAGAGAAGGAGACCAGAAAUUUUUUUGAUGGUUAAUGAACUACAUUUGUCAGUUCAUGCUGUACGGGGGAGAAGUGCCAGCAUUCAUGCGGAGCUUUUACAUUGGAUGAUGCGUAAUGAACUUGAUAUGUUUCAGGAAAAUCCAAGUAUAAGAAAUUUAACUUUAGAAGGAAUUUUACUUCGUUGCGUUAUUUUUGGUGACAAAAUAUAUGGUUCUUAUGUGUUGGCACGCUUGACAGCAGAACGACUUUUUCGUGGAGAUCAUAUACACCAACUUUUGCUUGACCAAGAAAAUGCAGAAACAUUAUUACUUUUAUGGGAGGUUGAAAAACCAUUCAACCAUUAUCUAUUUCUUUGUCGAAACGUAUUGUUGGCACUCUUUGGUCUGACUAACAAUAAUGACCCUAAUAACAUUCUCUCGACAAAUCAGAAGUCUCAGGAAUCCUUGUCUGAGGAGUUCUUGUUUAGGAAGCCGUCUACUUUUUGUACUUGGUAUUACUCGAGCUUAAUCUAUUUAUGUACAUUAUUUAAACAUAACGAUUAUGUGGUAGAUAUUGCUUCAGAAUUUCUAAAAGUUUCGGACUGUAAGAUACUGGAACAAUUCUAUAAACUAGUGAGAGGAUUUAUUGGGCUUUGUGCUGCACAGGUUCUGUACAAGAAACAAGACAUGUCUGAAGACGAGAGACACAAGGUAACAUUGUUGUUAAGCAAUGUUUUGGAUGCAAUGAAGGAUUUUGCUUACAAUUACAAAUUAAAAAGUUACUUAUUAUGGGUUUAUUUUCUGCAAGGUAUGAUUUACCGAAACGAGGGAGAUUUUAUGAGCGCGGCAAGAAACUUUGAGAUCGCUAUAGAUGCCGAGCAUCAAGGAUUCUCUAAAAUAGAAUUGGCUCUAUUGUUUGAAGUUAUCGGUGAGUUUUAUUUCACGGCUUCUUUCACGUAUCUUUCGAAAUCUUAUUAUUUACGAGCUCUUAACCAUUAUAGAGACAUAGGAUGCUACGGCAUUGAAAAUAGGGUAAAGGAGUUGCUUUCCGAAAAGUUUUCUUUUUCACUUAAUCAACCGGUGUUUUCAUCUAAAUCCACGACGAUGGAUAGUGUUUUCCAAGAAAUACCCGAGUUAUUUCAGAAAAAAGACAUCAACGAUUUCAGUCUCACAUCGCAUGACUUUUUAUUUCAGAAAAAGGAAAUUGAUUUUCUUGCGAGUUGCGAUACAAGUAUUGAGCGCAAUGAAGGCGACAAGGAAAUUUAUCACAACUAUGAAAAUGAGGAUGGACACUUGGAUAUUGUUUCUCUUAUAUCGGUCAUUAAGUGCGGGCAGCUUUUGUCAAGUAAACUAAGACUUGUGUCUUUACUAACUACGGUCAUAAAACUGAUUAUUGAAUAUUCUCAGGUCGAUUUUGCUGCAGUAAUCUUACAGAGUGACUCUCAGUAUGUAUUAUCAGCCUUUGGUAAUUCAGAGUAUAGUGAAGCUUUAGAGCCGUCUCUACCUUUAAACGAAUCAGAUAUUAAAAUUCCGGAAAGCAUUUUGUCAGACGUUUUCACCAAUGCACGCAUGGUUACGCUUGAAAGUGUAUCGAAGUUAGAAGAUGACAUUAUUAUAAAAUGGCUUCAGGAAGAGCACAACUUGAAUUCUUUUAUGAUUAUACCAUUGCAGUUUAAAGACAGUGUAAUAGGUGCCUUAUAUCUUCAGCUUCCCCGUAAUUUAAUGCACCUUGGAAACGUAAUAUUUCUGAAGCUUUUGUCUCAGCAAAUUGCGAUAAGCAUAUCAAAUGCUCUUCUUUUUCAAAACCUUCGUCGAACAAUUACUGACAAUGUUACGCUGAUUGAAUCUCAACAGCUUUCAUAUCAAACGUAUAAGAAUAUUGAAGAACAAUGUAUAACGUUAUUGGAUUCUCUUCCCUGUAUUGUUUGGACUUUGGACUCUGAAGUAGGAGAAAUAGAGUUCACAAAUGCUUCCAAACAUGACUAUUUCGAAACGGUGGACAUUAACGGGUCUCUUAGCUGGAAGAAAUUUAUACAUCCGGAACAACAUGCAUUUUUUCAAGAGAAACUUGAAAAUCUAAAAAGUGAGGAGUUUGGUGAACUUGAACUUUUCUUGAAAAAAAAUGGCAGCUUUCAUUGGCAUCUAUGUCGUGGUUUGCCUCUGCAAAGAGGUUCGUGCAACACGAAAUGGAUUGUAGUCUGCAUAGAUAUUAAUGAUGAAAAAGAAGCCAGGGAAACUGCUAUACGUGCUGUGAAUUUGAAGGCAAAUUUCUUAGCGAGUAUGUCCCACGAAUUACGAACACCUUUUUCAAGUUUUUAUGGUAUGCUUUCAUUACUUAGUGAUACCAAGCUCAGUGAUGAACAGCAUGAUAUUGUUUCUACUGCUAAACAAAGCUGCACUUCAUUAGUCCAAAUCAUUGACGACUUACUAAAUUUUAGCGAGCUAGAGUCUGGGAAAAUAAAACUUGAACCUAGCAAAAUUUUUGAUGUCGAAGAAAAUAUUGCGGACUGUAUUGAGCUAGUAUAUCCUUCGAUAGCAGAUAAGCCUGUCCAAAUCUCGUACGAUAUUUACCCAAAUGUUCCUGCUCUUUUGGCUGGUGAUGUGGCCAAACUAAGACAAGUAAUUACAAAUCUUUUAGGAAACUCUGCCAAAUUUACUAAUGAGGGUCAUAUUCUCUUACGUUGUUCGAUGAAAGAUGACCCAGAAUUGUCGGAAUCUGAUUAUUAUUUAUAUUUCGAAAUUGAAGACACUGGAAUUGGAUUAAAACCAGAUCAGAUGAAACUUUUAUUCAAGCCUUUUACUCAAGUUGAUGGUAGUACUACUCGAAUUUAUGGCGGUUCUGGUCUUGGACUAUCAAUUUGCUUAGAAAUCUGUAAAAUAAUGGAUGGCAAUAUUGGUGUCAAAUCUGUGUAUGACGAAGGAUCCACAUUUUGGUUUUACGUGCGAUUAAGUAAAGUCACUUUUGAAUUAUCCCGUGAACAUUUUAAGGAAAGUCAUCAGAAAUUUGCUGGGAUAAUAGAUGAACUGAAGUCAACUAGAGUGUUGGUAGUUGAGUCGUUUAUCACUACAAGGUCCUUAUUUAAGUCACUGUUUUCUCUUGCUCAUUCGAAAACAAUGCAGUUAACGAAAGACGUUGAAAAUGUUUUGCUUGAAGCACAACACAUGAAUAACCCUUAUGAUUUCCUUUGUAUUGAGGCUUCUAACAAGGAAUCGGAAAGCCUAAUAAUAGAGGUUUUAGCCAACCCGCUGCUUCGAGACACUUCACUGAUAAUUUUAAUGCCUUCUUUACGACGAAUCAAAUUUAAAUCAACGGUAGGCGUUGAUUCUUUCGUUGCUAUUCUUGACAAAAAUCAGAAUCGCGUUUCGUACUUAGCAGAACCUGUUCGAUUAUCGAAACUAAUUCAGAACGUGAGCUUUUUGUUAACCAAAAGGGCCAAUCACGGAAAGUUUUCCGAUACUUCUAAACUCCAAGUUUUUACCCAUAAGCGCACAAAAGAAGUAUUUAAUUCUGAGGAAUUGCGAAUAUUGAGAACGAAGGUUUCUCUAAUAGCGGAAGACAAUUUAAUUGCUCGGAAGUUGUUAAGCAAGCAAUUAAUGAAUUUGGGACUUAACGUUGAGACUGUAAAUGAUGGACAAGAAUUAGUCGAAACGGUCAAAUCUAAACCAUAUGGGUAUUAUGGUAUAAUAUUUGCUGACUAUCACAUGCCGAUCUGUGAUGGAGCCGAAGCUGUUAGCAAAAUCCGAGCUUAUGAGAAUACCCAAGACGUGGAUAAUUUUGUCCCUGUAAUAGCUCUUACAGCGGAUAUCCAGAAGUCUGCUAAGCAGAAAUGUUUAGACGUAGGCAUGAACGACUACCUUACGAAGCCUUUUACCCAGCAGCAGCUUCAGGGUAUGAUCAGAAAAUAUUUUCUGCAAGAACAUGUUUCUUGA